AUGCACAAAGCCUUGGGUGCACUCAACAUAACAAAGGGGAAUGGAUUUUUGAUAGAAAGAGAGAAGACAGCCACGCAGGACGCGGAGAAUAGCAGAACCAACUGCAGGGCAAAGAAAUGGUCCCUCAAUGGAGCCACAGCUUUGGUCACUGGGGGCACCAGAGGAAUCGGGCAUGCCAUAGUUGAAGAGUUAGCUGGAUUUGGAGCAACUGUACAUACAUGUUCGUGGAAUGAAGAAGAGCUCAACAAAUGCCUGGAACGAUGGAAAAGCCUGAACAUUCAUGUCACCGGAUCAGUUUGCGAUGUCUCUUCCCGAGUCCAAAGAGAGAAACUAAUGGAGGGUGUCCGUUCCAUUUUCCAGGGGAAGCUCAAUAUCCUUAUUAACAAUACAGGGACGGGCAUUGUGAAGCCAGCAGUGGAUUUCACUGAUGAAGAGUAUUCCUUUCUUAUGGCUACCAACUUGGAAUCAGCUUUCCAUCUGAGCCAACUAGCUCAACCACUUCUGAAGGCAUCCGGGGCAGGCAGCAUCGUGUUCAUCUCCUCAAUCGCAGGGGUUGUAGGCAUGCCAAAUUUAUCCAUAUAUGCAGCAACUAAAGGAGCACUGAAUCAGCUCACAAAGAAUCUGGCUUGCGAGUGGAUAAAAGACAAUAUCCGAGUGAACGGUGUUGCUCCAGGGCCCAUCCGGACCCCACUCGCACAGCCCUUACUUGAUGACAAGGAAAAUAAAGUAAUAGAAGUCUCCCACAUACCCAUGGGGCGUAUUGGAGAACCAGAGGAGGUGGCAUCUCUUGUAUCGUUCCUAUGCCUACCUGCUGCUUCCUAUAUCACGGUUCAAGUUAUUUGUGUUGACGGAGGUCGGACUGGAAGUGACCUUUAAAAGGAAAAAUAACUCUACUGUGAAGUUCAUGUUCUCAAUCCUUAACUAGUAAUGCUGUGGAGUUCCUCUAUGCGUGGUGAUGCAUGCUUCGGAUAGGUUGCCAGAAAGCUUUCUUUAUUUAUGGUGGUUUUCAGUCAUGGAGAGCCUAAGAGCAUUGGUGGCCCGGGCAUGCCUUCACUUCUGCGGCAUUUGGAAAAAUCUGGUCAAAAAUUCGUUUGGUUUCAGCUGGACUUCCAGACCCUUGUUACAGGUGCUAGCAGAGAGUUUUGUUGCAUCUUGCUUUGUCGAUGAAAGAGAGUUUUGUCGAUGAAAGAGGUAGACCUCAGCUCUGUUUUCUUGUCUUCAGCAUCCUAUUAACUCAAAAUUGGGCUCCGAUCGAUACUGUUAGAGGCUGGUGCGGAGAGACACAUUCAUAUCUCCGCACAAGUUUCUGCUGGUGCUGCAGUUUUAUAAACGCUCCUUUCUUAGGUGCAUAGCACUGGUUCUGUAUUUCUAUUUUUUAUGUUUUCUUUCCCACACACAGUCUCUGUUUUCUUUGAAUUUUUUUUGGUCAUCCUUUUGUCCGAAGAGCAGAGUUUGUUUCACACUCUGUUCUUCUUCCUGUACGUUCUUCCAUUAAUAAUAUUUGGGUGGCAAUCGCCUCCUC